UAAUUGAAAAUAGUACAACAUUCCGAGACAAGACAGAAUUUGCUCAAGAUAAAUAUAUAAAAAAGAAGAAAAAGAAAUAUGAAGCUGUCAUAACUAUUUUGAAGCCAUCAACCAGUAUUCUUUCAAUUAUGUAUUAUGCAAGAGAACCUGGAAAAAUUAACCAUAUGAGAUAUGAUACACUAGCCCAGAUGCUGACAUUGGGAAAUAUCCAUGCUGGCAAUAAAAUGAUUGUAAUGGAAACAUGUUCAGGCUUGGUGCUGGGUGCAAUGAUGGAACGAAUGGGAGGUUUUGGCUCCAUUAUUCAGCUCUACCCUGGAGACGGACCUGUUCGGGUAGCAACAGCGUGUUUUGGAUUUCCCAAAUCUUUUCUCAGUGGUCUUUAUGAAUUCCCCCUCAACAAAGUGGAUAGUCUCCUAAAUGGAACAUUUUCUGCUGAGAUAUUAUACGCAGAGCCAAAAGACAGUGCAUCAGUUGAAGAAAGUAAUGGUGCACUUGAGGAAAAGCAGGCUUCUAAACCAGACAAUGAAGACAGCAUGGCAGAGGCCCCAGAGAGCAAUCACCCAGAACAAGAAUCAAUGGAAGUUGUUCCUCAAGAUCCAGAAUAUAAGGAGCCUAAAGAUAGAGGAAGCAAAAAAGAUUAUAUUCAGGAAAAGCAAAGGAGACAAGAAGAGCAGAGGAAGAGACACUUAGAUGCUGCUGCUCUACUGAGUGAAAGGAACGCAGAUGGUUUAAUUGUAGCCAGUCGUUUUCAUCCCACUCCAUUGCUCCUGUCUUUGUUGGACUUUGUGGCCCCUUCAAGGCCAUUUGUGGUCUACUGUCAGUAUAAAGAGCCUUUGUUGGAAUGCUACAUAAAACUUUGUGAGGGGGGAGGAGUCAUCAACCUCAGGCUGUCUGAAACCUGGCUCAGAAAUUAUCAGGUUUUGCCAGAUCGAAGUCAUCCCAAGCUGCUGAUGAGUGGAGGCAGGGGGUACCUUCUGUCAGGCUUCACUGUUGUCUUGGACAAUCUUCGAGCAGACACCAGCCUCAAGUCCAGCGUGAGCACUUUAGAAUCACACAAGACUGAAGAACCAGCAGCUAAAAGGCAGAAAUGUCCAGAAUCUGGCUCUUAAUUCUUCAAGUGGCUUUGAUUUUUGUUCUCAGGCAUUCUGCAGUUAACUGUUCUUUUUCAUAUUCUGAGAAUAAGAACAUGGCUGUAUACGCCUUCUGGGAAGAAGGAAUAGCCUUUGUCCACUUCUGACACAGAUGUGUUUACUCUGUCCAAACUACAACUCAAGUAUGCAGUAGUGGAUUAAUGAGACAAUUUUGUUUAUUUAACAAAAAUCCUCUGAGUAAUUCUAAAUACUCGGCAAAUAUCUUGAGAAUUUCAGAAUACUGAAAAUGUAUUUAUACAAGACCUUGUUUGCAUUUUAAGCUAAGUGGAAUAACACAAUAUAACUAAAACUUGAUGGGUACUGAAGGGAAGGAAUUUGUGGAAGAAAUUUCCUCUGCUUAUUCCAUUCUCUUUAACAUAAGCAAUAUGAAUGUGUGAGUAUAUGAGAUUUAUAGUACCAAAAAUAUCCACUCUGGUCCCCAUUUUUUAAAUGCUAGGUUUUAUUAUUCUAAUAGUUGUCAACCUGAGAAAGUUCGAAGUAUUCAUUUUACUGUCUUU